GGGUGUAACACAGGAUAGGCACCCCACUUCCCCACCAGAAAGUCCCAGGUCCAGGCUGGCCUCCUUGCCGACCUUCAUAUCUAGCCUCGGAAGGCAGAGUGGAGCUGACCUGAGGGGCGGGACCACUCAGCCGAGACCCCGCCCACCUAGGGCAGCCCCUGCCCUAAUCCGCACAGACGCCAAGGAGCUAAGCCUGGAACACACAGCUGUUGCAGCCCCGGGACCAUGAAUGACACCUGUAGCUCCGAGAAUGUGACCUGGCCAGACUGGCUGAAGCACGUGGUCUUCCCCAGCUACCUGGGCACACUGCUGGUGAUGGGCGUGCUGCUCAACGGGCUGGCACUGUGGGUGUUCUGCCGCCGCAUGCAGGGCUGGACGGAGACGCGCAUCUACAUGAGCAACCUGGCGGUGGCCGACCUGUGCCUGCUGUGCACGCUGCCCUUCAUACUGCACUCCCUGAGCGACACUUCUGACACACCACUGUGCCAGCUCUCCCAGGGCUUCUACCUGCUGAACAGGUACAUGAGCAUCAGCCUGGUCACGGCCAUCGCCCUGGACCGCUACGUGGCCGUGCGGCACCCACUGCGCGCCCGCGGGCUCCGCUCCCCACGACAGGCUGCUGCUGUGUGCGCGGCACUGUGGGUGCUGGUGGCCAGUUCCCUGGGGCUGCGCUGGCUCCUGGGGGUGCAGGAGGGCGGCUUCUGCUUCCGGAGCCACUCGGGACACAGCCUGCGCACCUCAACCCUCUUCUCGCUCCUGGGUUUCUACCCGCCGCUGGCUGUGCUGGUCUUCUGCUCCCUGCAGGUGACGGCCGCCCUGGCCCAGAGGCCGGCCACGGGGCCGGUGCAGGCAGAGGCCACCCGCAGGGCCGCCCACAUGGUCUGGGCCAACCUGGCCGUGUUUGUGGUCUGUUUCUUGCCGCUGCACGCCGUGCUGACGGCCCAGCUGGCCACGGGCCUGCAGUCCUGCGCCACCCGCCUGGCCUUCAGCCGGGCCCUCUUUAUUACCAGCAAGCUCUCGGAUGCCAACUGCUGCUUGGAUGCCAUCUGCUACUACUACAUGGCCAAGGAGUUCCAGGAGGCGUCCACACUGGGCAAGCCACUCAGCGCCAGGGCCCACAAGAGCCAGGACUCCCUGUGUGUGACCCUCACCUAGCACCCAGGGCUCCUGCGGGACGAACCAAGAUGGGGUCUGAACUCUGGGGCAGAUGGGGGAAGGGGUGUUGCUCCCCUGGAGUGGGGUAGCACCCACUCCCAGGAGAGGGGUCACCAGGCGGCCUGGGGCCAAGGGGAUGGUAGCACUGUCACACGACAGAGCCCUCCGUGUCAUCCAUGCCUGAACAGGCCCAGAAAGAGGCAGAAUGUGGGGGGCCCCCUUGCCCGGCUCGCUCUGUCUCCCCUCCCCUCCAUUUCCCUCUCUGCCUCUGUCUCUUCUCCCUCACCUUCCUUCUCUCUUUCUCUGGCUUAAGCAGGGCGGGGCUGGUCCAGCCCUCACGGGGCGGGGGGAGGGGGCUGCUGUGGGGAGGCGGCUGAGGUGCAGCCAAGGAGGGUCCGGCUCGCCCUUCCUCUGGCUGUUCACUGAGCUGGUGUUCAGGGCUGGCAGGCUGUCCUGCCUCCUGGAGCCCCUCCUGCUCCCUCUGCUGCGGGGCCACCCACAGCAGCUAGAGGUCUGGAAGCUGCGCAGCUGACACCCAGGUACAGUCCUACGCUACGGCCUUGGGAGCCCCUUCACUGUGACACCCGCCUUGCUCCCCUCCUGCUCCAGCAGUAUCACUGCAUGGCCUCCCAGCCCAGGGGCUCACCCGCACCCACCCUCCCUCCUCAGGGCCCCAGGCUCCCAGCCCCUGCCAUGGCGAGGCCUGCCAGCCCCAACACUGGCUGGCAGCGGGUGGGGUCUCGAUGCCUGGAAAGGCACAGGGAGGGGGCCAGACAUUGUUGGGGCCCUGCUCUGAGUGGUGGGGGGCACCAUGUGCAGCAAGGAAGCUCAACCAGAAACAUCAGAUCUGCUGCCACCUGUAAGCAGGAGCCUUCCCGGGGCUCGGCCGGGUCUACUUAGGCUCAGCACACGUACGGAGGGUAGGGCACCUGAUCCCCAGUGUCAGGACGCCCGAGUGCCAGGACAGCUCGAGUGCCAGGAUGCUGCCCCUCAGUGUCAGGACACCCCAUGUGCCAGAACACUGCCCCCCAGUAUCAGUGCUCCCCAAGUGCCAGGACACCCCUUGUGCCAGGAUACCACCCCCAGUGUCAGAAACCCCUCAGGUGCCAGGAUGCCCCCGCCUCAGUGUCAGAACCCCUCCCCACAAGUGCCAGGAUGCCAGUGUGGAUAGCCACAGGCAGGCCACCCAGGUAGAUGGCACUGGGUCAGAAGGUGGCUGCCCCUUCUGGAAAGGCAGCUAAUGGAUGUCACUCGUAUCCACUGCUGCUGGCCGAGGGUGUUGGCAGAGCCCAGGGCCAGGUCCCCCUGGGUCACAAUGGUGGCUACGACCUGCUGGGCCCCACCUGUGAGCCAAACCUGGUGUUUCCUGGCCUUUCCUGGACGGUUCCCUGGCCUGCUGCAUGACUUUUGAGCUGCAGUGGCUCAAAUGCCCAUUGAUCCCUGAUAGCCUGGCAGGUGGCACCUAUUGGGCAGAGAGAGGGGCUCAGGGCUCUGUCCGGGUCACUCGCCUUAAAGGGCAGGUGGGAGCCCAAGGGAGGGGUCUCCAGGAAUUUUUUUUUUUUGAAGAUUUAUUUAUUUUUAUUAGGAAGUCAGAUUUAUAGAGAGGAGAGACA